AUGGCAUUGAUGUGGGCACGGAGCUUUAUUUUCCUAGUCAUUUUCAUCGUCUUUCAGUUCAAGCACCGAGGGUCGAAGCUGUCGACUCGUGUGUAUGUUCCGCUCGUUCUUUGGCGGAUAUUUGAGCAAACAGAUCGGACUUUCCUUUUCGUGGCCGCCGCCAAGGAGUCAGUUGAUUGCAUGGAAUUCCCAUCCAUUGAGAACGUCAUAGAGGUUCGAAUAAGGUACUCUUACGAAAGAGAAGCAUCGGCAAAGUUUGGUAGAACUGAGGAGGGGCCUGGAGGUAUUCACGAGUCUAGCAGCUGCAGUAUGCUUUCGAAGCAGAAGACCAGCCGGCCUGUAAUAGCCCGGAAGGUAAAGACACUGUAA